AAUAGUGAGAGAUUUUAAACCAUAAAUGAGUAUAGAGUCGGCACGAAAUGGGCAAUAAUGUGACGACAACUCCCGUCCAAGUAAUGAAAAUCGAUGACAAUAAUAAAGACGACAAACAGGACGGCAACGAUAUUCACUCUAUUAAUGAUAAAAACAAAAUUAAUGACUCCUCUUAUGAGGACUACAACACUGAACACCAAAAUAGCUAUUUAGACGACUAUAAAAAUGAUGAGCACUUCAAUGCCGACUGGAAUUACAAUCAACAGUAUAUGGGGUAUCCAAAUGAAGGAACCACUGAAACGAUAACCAAUGAAAUAAAUCCCGUGAAUAAUGUGACGGAAGAGAAGUUAAAUUCUGUUAAAGAAUAUAACAACGAGAGAAAGGAUGUGUUCAACGAAAUAUUGGACCAAAAGAGUUCGCAUGACACGAAUCCCAUGAGGACUACAUCCAUAGCCCGAAUGCCUAAUCUGGAGAAGACAUACAGUUUGCCGGUUGUGGUGAAGAGUUUUGACGGAAACAAAGACUACAUCAGAGAAAUCGACGACUUGGAGAGCAUUGAAAGUGAUUCAAAGCUUAUACUAAAUGAUGCCAAAAGCGAUACCGAAGAAGUGAUUCAAGAGCUCAACAAAUUAGACCUCGAUUUGGAUGAAAAGGAAACCAAAUAUCCGACCAGUUAUUCAAACCGUAAAAGAGGUCAGUCGUGGAGUAAUUGGGACAACAAUAUGCUCGUCGAUCUCAACGCUGAAUCGAGUUUAAGCAGUUUUUCUCGUCCGGCCUCUACUAACGACAUCCCAGCCCUUAAAACCAAGUCAUAUACGGCACCCGAAACCAGAGGACAAAUGGAUUACAUUGAAUUUCUCGCCAAACAGUAUGCAUCACUCUGCUUUCCCGAAAAAAUGUAG